GCGCUCAGUUUACUACGAGCGCCGACGGCGAACGUACGUCGCUCCGCGUCCCUUAGUGCCCGAGUGUAUGGUGCUGGUGUAUUAACAUAACAGCUAAUUGUUCUGUGUCGUGUGAUUGUUGUGUGGUGUUCUGAUACUGCCGUGCGACCUCCCCGGGUCACAUUUGUUGUGAUGCAUUUGAGGAUAUACCUAUGGCUGUCUUGUGUAGCCCUCGUAGGAUACGUUCGAGCGACAGAGGUACCUGUCGCAGAAGCCGACACGCUCCACGACCACGAGCCGCUCGCGUCCGACCGGGACCUGUUCAUCGAUGAUGACGGCUCGGGGCUAGAGAUCGACGAGUCCUCCGGCUCCGGCUGGGGCCCCGGACCCGGCCCCGACGACGAGGACGGCCGCGGCUCAGGUGACCGCCGGCUCACGCUGACGGAUGACGAGGACUAUGUCACCAUGUCCAUCCCCACCACCACCACCACAGAAACGCCGAUAGUACCGGAAACUGUAGCGCCAGAUUAUGUAGAUCCUCGCGUACUCGACGAGAAGCCAGGGCCCGGCGCGGACACCCCGCGCGGCGCGGGGGAGGAGCAGCCCUCGCGCCCCGACCAGGACCCCAUCAGCAUCUCCAGCGAGGACGCCAACCCGGGCACGGACCAGGACCCCUCGGGCACCAACGUGGGCGCCGAGUCGCGGCCGCAGGACAACGUGGUGUUCAUCAUGAACGCCAAGGCGGAGGAUCGCGCCACCAGCUUUUUCGCGCAGCCGGGCAUUCUUGCCGCUGUGAUCGGCGGCGCUGUAGUUGGCCUCCUCUGCGCGAUCCUAGUGGUGAUGUUCAUAGUGUACCGUAUGCGCAAGAAGGACGAGGGGUCGUACGCCCUCGACGAGCCCAAGCGGAGCCCGGCCGCCGCCUCCUACGGCAAGGGCCAGAACAACCGCGAGUUCUACGCGUGAGACCACACAGAACAAACCCUGCCACGUGUUUACUAGUCGACGGACCGACCCAUACUGGCUACCACUCUACAAUUAAUUGAUGCCGCAGCAAAAUGGUGGACGAUGGAAUCGCGCACUUAUCUGACUACUCUUCUAACCUCC